AUGGAGGAGGAAUUUUCUGCAACUAUCAAGGAAUAUCAAACCGUUUUAGAGUCAGUGGAUAAAAAGCUUACAUCAGUCAUUACUAACGAUCGAUUUCUUAAUGACCUUAUUCCGAAGUCCGAUCACGAAGGUGAAUUCGUAAACCUGCCAAUAAACAGAGAAGUGAUGAAUGCUAUAGAAAUUCACUUUGGGCGAGCUAUGCGUCUAACGUUGUUGAGAGGAGAUGGUGUAAGACUACCUAUGGUAGUUCCUGUUGAUGCUCGUGUUUUGGAAUUGCGAUGGGCAGUACAAGAUGCAGUUACUUCGUACAUGAACCAUCUCCAUAGUGUAUCAAAUUUACCAAAAGAUAACUGUAAAGAAGAUUCCGCCGACUGUAUCCCGUCCAGCAAUAUUCCUUCGAAGUCGAUUAGCUGGCGUAAUUUGUGGAAAACGAAAUGUCUAGCUCUAGUGAACCCACAUAGUUUGUGUUCAUCAGAAGGUCUCCCGUCUAUCAGUGCUAGACUAGAUGUAUUAACUAAUAAGUUAUCAUAUUAUCAAAUUCGUAAUGGUGCAGUGAUCACUUUUGCUCCUCAGCUUAAGCGAAAAUGA